AUGCAUGAAGCCAUGUCAACGCAUCCAUUCUUUCGACCGUAUGGAAUGAUCGAAAGGCCUACUCCACAUACAACUCCUUCCGGAUCUCCUUGCGAAUCUCUUGACUUCCUGUCCAACACGCCCAGCCUGGUGUCGUCCCCGACCAAGCCAUUCGAGGACGGACCAUCCACGCCAUCCACUGCCGACGAAAGGCAGGCACCAGGGACUUCUCAAUGUGUUUUCCCCAUUAAGUGGGACAGCAUUCGCUAUGACGGCAAGCCAUUGCCGUCCAUUCGAUACCGCCAGCCUCAUAAACGCACCCUCAAUUCUAAACUCCAACCAUCAGCAAUCUAUAAGCAUGGCGCUCAGUUGACAACCGACGGUGACAAUAAAUACUGGCUCUGCAAGUACUGCCAUAUACGCGGCCACCACCACAACGCUCUCUUUUCAAGUGAAAGCACCACCAGCAUCAUUUACCAUCUAAAACAUCAGCAUAAACUGGAGGAAUUUGGCUACCAAUCGGCUGACUCGAGAACCUUUAACACAGUGAAAGGUAUUACCGACCUUACAUCAUAUCUUGGAGGAAGACGACUAGUAUUCAACGACUUGCAAUUCAAGGAUAAUUUCACCGACUGGGUGAUCGACCUCGACCUGACUUUUCGUCAAGCAACUCAUCAACGCACGCAUGAGAUGUUUGCAAAAUACAUGGAAGAUGUUGGCAAAAUUCUGCCCAAGAGCCCAUUUACCCUAGGCAGCUGGAUUAAAGAGAAAUGGGAAGGCGAUGUAGGAAGGCGUGUUUGGCUUAGGGAGAAGCUACACAGUGCAACAAGCAAGAUCCACAUAUCUAUGGAUGCCUGGACAUCUGAAGAAGGAACAAGUUAUUUGGCAAUUGUUGCGCACUUCUUGGAUGAACACCAUAAGUUGCAAACAGCUCUUCUGGAUCUUCCGCCUCUGAAAGGACCCCACUCCGGUGAGAAUAUGGCGAGGGCACUGUCGAUAGUCAUUGACUUCUACAACAUCUCUACCGUCUUAGGUUUCUUUAUGAUGGAUAACGCUAGCAGCAAUGACACAUGCAUUCAGGAGCUGUCAAAGCAAUACCCAGCGAUCCAUCCGCAGAGUCGCCUUCGAUGCGUUGGUCACAUGUUGAACCUCAUAGUCAAGGCUCUCCUCUUUGGGCAAGGUGUGAGCAAGCUGGAACAACAGCUGCGUGGCGCAUCGGAUGAGGAGCGUUUCGAGAUAUGGAGGAAGCAGAGCUUUGUUGGCAAGCUCCAUAACUUCUGUGUGUGGAUUAACAGGAGUGACCAGCGAAGAGAGCUGUUGAAGCAGUACGUGUUGACAGCGUACGAAGAGGGUACCAUCGAAACCCUCUAUACUAGAGUUUUAGUUGAUGGUGGUAUCCGCUGGAACUCUGCGUACGCGAUGAUUGAGAGAGCUCUUAAACUUCGCCACGCUAUCGAUCUUUUCUUCCUCAACUAUAACCAUACAAGCAAGGAAUAUAAUAUCUCACAAGAUAUACUUACUUCGCAGGAUUGGAUUGAUUUGAAGCACUUCGUCGGUAUUUUGAAACCGUUCAAAGACUUGACAAAACGCAUGGAAGGUCGGGCAAAUAAAGCAGGCCUUGAGGGGUCACAUGGCUCCCUCCACGAAACGCUUGAGUCGCUAGAUGUCCUCUUCAAGGAGCUUCAAGAGGCGGGGAAAUUUGCAGAUAAUUACCCACAAGUGGUCCCACAAGUGGUAUCAACAUACUAUUCAUAUGCUAUCGAUGCCGCCCGCAUCAAGCUUGAAGAGUAUUUUGGCUUGACAGAUGCUUCCCCGGCGUAUCGCUGUGCCGUUGCCCUGCAUCCCGCAAACAAAUUUACAUACUUCGAGCUUGAAUGGAGUCACAACAAGAAGUGGAUCAGUGAAGCAAAGAGGGUGGUGCGUGAGGUGUACGCCCAAUAUGAGGAAGUGGCUGCAGAGAGAGAUGUGGUAGGAAAGCAGCCUAAUGAGGAGGUCAUUGGCGACAAUGGUGCAGCACUAGACCCUCUCCAGCAGGCCCGUAGGCGUCGUCAGCGGCUUGCUGCCACUGUGGCGUCAGGCUCAUUAGGAACCAAGCGCAUCAAGCUCACCUCCGAGCUUGAUGAGUUUAUGGCCCGAGCUAACAGGGCUGAUGUGGAAGUCGAGAAUCCAUUAGAGUGGUGGGUUGCUCACGCGGCCGACUAUCCAAUCCUCUCUAAAAUGGCAUUUGAUUUGUUCAGCUGCCCAGCAAUGAGCGCCGAGUGUGAGCGGGUAUUCUCACAGACAAAGAAGGUCAUCACUGAUGAACGGAAUCGUCUUCAAUCGGACACUGUUGCAGCGAUUGCAUGCCAAAAACAUCUGCUUCGGACUUGUAUUUUGCCAUAG